AAAUAUGUUCAAGGCUGUUAGAAAGGGGAGGUGAUCAAUUAUUUUUCAUAGCCCCUGAAGGCAGGACAAGAUGGAAUUGGCUUAGUCCGCAGCAAGGGAGACAGAGGGUGGAUAUUAGGAACAAAAUUCUAAUUAAUAGUGUAGUUAAGCUCAGCAAUAGGCUUCCAAAGGAGGCUAUGGAGUCCCCAGCAUCCAGGUUUUUUUAAGAACAGGUUCGACAAGCACCUGUCAGGAAUGAUCUCUAGGUUUACUUGGUCCUGCCACAGCGCAGGGGGCUGGACUUGAGGCCCUUUGAGGUCCCAGUUCCAGCCUUAUAUGUCUAGUUCUCUAAGCUCACUUUGGUGUCUUUUUAGCAGUAUAAGCAAAGGUACAUUUACCCCCACCUGCAAACUCGCACAUGAGCAGCCCCCGGCAGUCAGGGGGUUACGGGUGGCUAAGCUGGCAGAAGAGUUUGCAGGAUCCGGGCUUGAACUGGUUCAUCUUUUGCUGGUGCACGUUCCCCGUUGGGGACAAUGGGUCACCCCAAGCCCCCCGGCCAGCGGCCCCAGGCAGCAGGCGUCUGAAAAGAAAGGCGCGCAACCGCGGACAGCUGCGCCCCAGGCACGCGGGGCGCGCCCCAGCCAGCCCGGGGGAGGGCCCCCGCUGCUGCAGCCGGCCAGUGGCGUGUGCGCUGUGUGCGUACACCCCGCCAUGUGCGUACGUAGCGACGGCCGCCGGGCUGGGGCUGGACUGCGAGGGGAGGAGGCGGCUCCUAGCGGUUGCCGGGGUCCCUUUAAAAGCUCGGGCUUCAGAGGCGCUCAGGCAGCGGCACCGCAGCUGCAACAUCAUCAGCAUCUCCAUCUCCUUGUUACCUCCUUCGGCGGCGGCAACAGCUGCCCUCGCGCCGCCGGCGGGGCUCCCUCCGUUGUGUCGGUACUUGUGGGGCACACGCUGCUGUUCCCAGCCCGGAUCUACCCCUCCCUUUCCAUGCGCCUGCCGACCAUGUCCACUAACUUCCUGCUCGCGCCCAUCCUGGAGUGCCCCUCGGACUUCUUCCAGAGCCGGGACAUCAAGCUGGCGGUGCUGGGGGCAGGCAGCGUGGGCAAAAGCGCUAUGAUUGUUCGAUUCCUAACAAAGAGGUUUAUUGGAGACUAUGAACCCAAUACAGGAAACUUGUAUUCAAGACUUGUUCAUGUAGAGGGAGACCAAGUUUCCAUACAGAUCCAAGACACACCGGGAUGUAUUCAGGUGCAAGAAGGCUUUGUACAGAUGUUGGACUCUCUUUCCAGAUGUGUGAAGUGGGCAGAGGGCUUUCUCUUGGUCUAUUCUAUCACAGACUACAGUAGCUAUCAGUCUAUUCGUCCUCUCUAUCAGCACAUACGCAAAGUCCAUCCAGACUCUAAAAUACCCAUCCUUAUUGUGGGAAACAAAGGGGAUCUCCUCCAUGCGAGGCAGGUACAGACCAAUGAGGGGCUACAGCUGGCUAAUGAACUGGGCACUGUGUUUUUAGAAAUCUCCACUAGUGAAAACUACCAUGGGGUGUGUGAUGUUUUUCAGUAUCUUUGCAAGGAGGUUAGCAAACUACACCACAGCAGCUGUGGAGACAAAAGGAGAUCGUCCAUCAUCCCUCGACCCAAAUCUCCCAACAUGCAAGAUCUAAAGAGACGUUUCAAACAGGCAUUAUCUUCCAAAGUCAAAUAAACCCCAACCCUGAGUCAUGUGCAACUAAAUGGACUUAUUUUUAUAAACUGUGAAUUUUAAAAAAUAUAUUUAUUUUUGUACUCAUGCCACUAAUGGGUGGGUGGAAGUAUGCAAUUUUUUGUUUUCUUUUGUAAGAACUACUGUGCUGUAACAAACUGGAUUUUGCUAGUGGUUAGAGAAAGGGAUUGAGCCAGGAGCCGUGGGUUCUAGUCCUGUUUUGGACGGUGACUUGCUGUUUAACCUAGGCUACAUUGCUGUGUCUGCCUCCGUUUCCCUGUCUGUAAAAUGGGGAUGAUAACGUCACACCUUUUGUCAAAUGCUGUGAGUUCCUUGGCUGACUAGCUUUACAUGUGUAGAAAGUAUUAUUAAAGGUGAAAUGAUAAAA